GUAGAAAGUCAUCCCAGAAUUUCAGUCUAAACUGUACAUAGGUGUCCAAAGUCACCCCAGAUUUCAAGUCAAAAACAGAUUAUGCCAUGGAACGAGAAAGAUGAAUGCAGUUCAGAGUCUGAUUACGAAUUAGCUAGUGAAUCAAUUGAUCAUGAUUAUAUUGACCAGGUUAUAAGCAAGACAAUUGGUUGUGAACCAAUAGAAAAUUCUAACCUUGAUGAAAAUGUUGACCUAUGCGCAGAAACCAAUGUUAAACAAUCUAAAUCAGAGAUGAAUGAGGGGAUAAAAGAAGUGGAUACACAAGAAAAUGAAUAUUCUGAUGAAGAUCUGAUUGCUGUUAAAGAUGAGGUUCUUUCUUUAAAAACUAAGGGUAACGAAAUUUAUAAGUGUGGAGAUUACAAUAGUGCAAUGCAAAUUUAUUCAAAGGCCAUUGUAUUGUGUCGGAGCCAGUUAAAUGAUUUACGUUCAAUACUUCAUGCAAAUCGUGCAGCAUGCCAUGUUUCAGAAUCAGAAUACAAAAUAGCUGAAGAAGAUUGCAGCAUUUCCAUUGAACUCAAUCCUCAAUACCUGAAGGCAAUUUUACGUAGAGCCCAAGUCAGAGAAAAGCUUGAAAAGUUGAGUCCAGCCUUGGAAGAUUAUAAACGAGUAAUUGAACUUGAUUUUCGGCAAGGAAUCGCAGUAGAAGCUGCUAAACGGUUGCCAAAAGAAAUUGAAAUUCAACAAGAAAAAAUGAAAGAGGAGUGCAUGUCUAAAUUGAAAGACUUGGGAAAUCUUGUUUUGAAGCCCUUUGGUUUAAGCACAGAGAAUUUUAACAUGGUUCAGGAUCCAAAUUCUGGAGGAUACAACAUUCAGUUUUCACAGGACAAAUAAGAAUCUCUUGAUACACCUUCUCCUUCAGCUCAACAAAGUUUCUAGAAAAUGCCAAUAAUUCAGACCAGA